AACAUUACCUCAACAAACGAUCAUUACGCUAUAUCGGUUUCGCUUGUUCAAACCUCAAACUAAUUAAUAAACCAUAAACCUACUUAAUUUACGAGACAGUACCUUCUUUUGGAAAUUAUAACAUCAAAGACGAGCAAAAUGUUGUUACUAUCAAGUUGGAGAAAUUAUUCUAUAUUUAAACAAAUUUCAGCCUCAUUGAUCGGACUUUUGCUGCAUUUAUCACUAGGAAUAUGUCAAGGGUUUUCCGCAGUAUUAAUACCUCAAUUACAAAACUCAAAUUCCGAAUUGCAAAUAAGUUCUGAGGAAGCAUCAUGGAUCGCCAGUGUCAGUGUUGCUGCAAUGCCCAUAGUUGCUGUGCUUGUUGGUUUAUUAAUGGAAGCAAUCGGCAGAAAAAGAUCGAUUCAAGUUUCAUUUUUACCUCUAGCUGCAGGAUGGGCAAUUAUUGCAUUAGCUCCUUCAGUUGUAAUGAUUUGCAUAGGCAGAUUUAUAACUGGUUGUGCUAUUGCAAUGGACCCAGCAGUGGUCGUCUACAUAGCCGAGACCAACGUGCCCAAAAUCCGAGCAACUUUACUCUCAUUGACCGGACCCACAGUACUGAUUGGCAUCCUCUCUUCGUACCUAUUGGGUCACUUCUUAUACUGGCGAACAGCAGCAGCAGUCUUGAGUGUUUUCUCAGCUGUAUGUUUCUUCUUGACCUUCAUUAUCCCCGAAUCUCCAGUCUGGCUGAUAUCUCGCGACAACGUCAAAGAAGCCACCGAAUCGUUGAAAUGGCUCCGAAGUGAGACGACGGCGGUGAACGUCGAGCUGGACGAACUGUUGCAGGCUAAAUUAUCAAAAAGCUCGAAUAAAGCCAACGAAUCGUUCAUGCAGAAGAUAAUUCGCACAAAAGCGUGGAAACCUUUUCUGCUGCUAACGUUUUACUUCUUCUUGCAGCAGCUCUGCGGUAUCAAUAUAAUCCUUUACUAUGCAGUCAACUUUUACGACGCUUUUGGUACACCGAUAGAUGGGUUUUCGUCAUCGCUCAUAUACGUCCUACUUAGUCUAUUUUUCGCCAUCAUUUUCACCGCCAUUGUCGAGCACGCUGGUCGCAAAACUUUGACUAUUGUUUCAUCGGCCGGCAUUUGCCUUACUUAUCUGUCGGCCGCUGUGUACGAGUAUGUGUGGCAGAACGUGCCGGAUAAACCAAUAUUUUGGUUUCCAUUGGUUUGCAUUUGGCUUAGCGUUGGUUUCGCCAUGAUCGGCGUCAACUCGCUGCCGUGGCUUAUGGCCGGAGAAUUAUUCCCGACCCAAGUUCGAGGUGUUAUGACAGGUGUGCUGUGGCUUACUGUUUACCUCUACGUAUUUAUUUGCGUUAAACUUUACCCUACCAUAGUUUCGGUGGUAAAAAUUUACGGAAUAUUGACGAUAUUCUCGGCGUCUGGGUUCGUAGCUCUACUAUUUGGUAAAUUUUUUGUACCAGAGACCAAAGGGAUGAGUUUGAUUCAAAUUGAAAGUUUAUGGUGAGGAAGAGGAAUUUUUUUGGAAAAUUUAGCUAGUCAAAUUGUACCUUCAAUCUACCUCGAGAUACAUAUAUUCGUGCCCUAGAUAGGUAUGAGUCAUUCUAAAUAUCAAUUUAAACUCAUAAGUAUUCUUCAAGUGAGGAAAUAUACCAGUGAGCAUUGAAUAAUAAACUAAAUUGCUCUUUUGUUACCCAGGGAUAGUCUGCUCAGAGAUUAAUUUAGAGCUUUGAAAAACAAAAUUAUUAUUAUCAUUAAAAAAAAAAAAAAAAAAAAAACAGAUUUCUAAUGUUUGAAAUUUUAUUCAAAAAAUAGAAAU